AACAGUUUCCUUCACCAGCGGAUACCAAGCGAUCCUGUUCUCCAGCAGACACAAAGCAGUCCCGUUCUACAGCAGAUACAAGGCAGUCUCGUUCGGCAGCAGAUACCAAGCGAUCCUUUUCUCCAGCAAAUGCAAAGCAGCCCCAUUCUCCAACAGAUACAAGGCAGUCUCCUUCACCAGCAGAUGCCAAGCGAUUCUUUUCUCUUGCAGAUAACAAGCGAUCCUUUUCUCCAGCAGAUACGAGGCAGUCCCCUUCACCUGCAGAUGCCAAGCGAUUCUUUUCUCUUGCAGAUAUCAGGCAAUGCCUUUCUCCAUCAGAUGCAAGACAGUCUCCUUCACCAGUGGAUACCAAGCGAUCCUUUUCACCAGCAAAUACCAAGAGGUGCCAUUCUCCCACAGAUGCGAGGCAGUCUCCGUCACUCAUGGAUACCAAGCGAUCCUUUUACCCAGCAGAGAUCAGGGAGUUCUAUUCUCUAGCUGAUAGGAGGCAAUCUACUUUACCAGCAGAUACCAGGCGGUCUCGUUCUCCAACUGGAACCAGGCAAUCUCGCUCUGCAGCAGAGAGGAGGCAAUCCCAUUCUCCAGCAGAUACCAGGAGGUCUGUUUCUCCGGCAGAAACCAGGCAGUCUUCUUUCCUGCCAUAUACCCGAAGCCAAUCUCCCUCGGCAAGUAGCCGGCAUUCCUCUUCUUCAGUAGAUAAACCGUGUUCAUCUUCCCCAGUGGAUAUACAAUGUUCUUCUUUACCAGAUAUCAGGCAGGCUGUUUCCCAGGAGGGUGCCAGGCACUCAUCUGUGAUGGACAUCAAGCAGCGGUUUUGUCCAACAGACACCAAGUCCCCGUCUUCCCCAGUGGAUGGUAGGUCUUCUUCUUCUUCAGCAGAUUCAAGAAGUUUCUCUCCCCCUUCAGAUGGGAGGCGUUCCCGCUCUCUCAGCCCACAUAGAGAUUUUACAGCUCACGGACCUGUGUUCUCACAAGUAUAUUUCCCAGGUUCAAAACCAAAUAAUCUAGUAGAAACAGAGGCACAAGACACUAACAGCACUGGAAUAGCCAGAUCCCAAGAAGAAAACCAUUAUUGUGAUACCACUAAUGGCAGUACAGCUGCUGGAUUUCCAAAAGAAAAUCAUACUCCAAACACAGCUGGAUCUCAGAAGGACAAUAUCCCCACUUCUGUCAGUGCCAGAGUGGCCCAGUUCCAGAAUGGAAGUUGUGUGUCAAACACACCUACCUCCAGUGCAGUCAAUGGAUCCUCAAAGGGAAGCCGCAUGACUGGUACCACCAUACUUAAAUCGCAAACAGAAAGCUACCUAUCAAGAGCUUCAAACUCUACUGUGUGUACCAAACCUUCCAAUGGAUCCUCUGCCACAAAUCAUGUGCCUCGUUUUGUUGGCUCCAGUACGUUGUCCGAAUCCCAAACCCAGUGGUACAAUUCAAAAGGUGGCAGCAUGGUUGUCUUUAGAUCUGAACAGCAAGUCAUUGUGCCCAAAGGAAAAAGUGGAACCGUGUACACAGCAGGUAAAGAAGUUAUCAUGUCCACUUCUGGGCCAGGGAGGGUGAGUAAAUCCCAGCAACAGUGGGGCCUUGCGCCAAACGCCACUGGCAAUGUUGCACCGAAAGAAAAUGGCCAGCAGCCCCAGGAUGAUGUCACUGGUGCCAAGUCCCCUAACUUAAGCCUCACAUCUGUUGCUGAUGUUUGCAACAGCUCCCUGGCAGCGCCACAGUCACAAACUUGCAUGACUCAACCCAGAGCUAAUGGUGUGAACGAUGCCCAAGGGCAAAGGUGUAUGCUUGAGCUGAGCCCUGCAAUCACAUCAAACAGAGAUGCUACCACAUGCGGGGAGGAAGCAGUUCAUUUUAGUCCACCCCAGAGUGACUGCAGCAUACACAACAAAGCUGUAUUCCAGAAGCACAGCAGCCCUGUCGCAGCAAGCAAAUCCGAGAAGGCAGAAAGCAUGCCUGAUUCCGGGGGCCCAAAAGCAAGAGGAUCAAACCAAGAAAGCUAUCAAACAAGGGGAGAGAAAGUUACUCCCAACGGAUUCAAAAUAACUUGGUGUACGUCUGGUGUUGGUGGAAAUGCAGGAGAAAGCAGCAUGCCAAGAAUCUUACUAGGGUCUCAGAAAACUGCUCCAUGGGAUCAAAAAGUCACCACUCAGACUGAGCGAAAGAAAGAAUGGAGUGAUCCAGCCAAAGAUGGCCUCAUCUUCUCACAAGAACCAGCAGUUAAUUUUAUGGAGAUCAACUCUUCUCAUGAACCCCUGAGCCAGAAAACAGGAAACAACGACACAACGACAGAAGAGGAACCUGAGGAAUCUGUUGACAUGGAACUUUUUGUGGACACCCUGCGCAACAUGGAGCCUCCUGAACUACGGAAGCCCUUGAAGAUCCACCCAAGGCCGCCACGGCCCUCCACAUUUGCCAAGCAGGCCGCCUUGCCACCAAUCCAUGAGUACCGUAUCACUCCCAAGUCCGAAGUUCCUCUCCCAACCGCUCUCAGCGAGCUGUUUGCCCUCACUGAAGAGAGGAACUCAGAGAAAGAAUCCAAGAAAGAAGUCAAUGGAUUUGCAGAAGAGAUGGGAGAGGUAGAAAAUCCAUAUCUUACCGAGGAUGAGAAGUCACAGGUUAACAACCAAGCCAAGAAACCCUACCCCUGGGAAAAUAAGCCAUACAAGACGGAGGAGGAGAUCGGCUCAUUUUUGGGAAAGCUGCAACGAGCGCCUGUGGACUACAAAGUCAUUGCUCCCAAAGCAAUUGCUAAUCAGACCAAUCUCAUCAGGGCCAACGUUCUCAAAGGGGCCUCGCUUUUGUGUGGUUUUGUGGACAAGAAGGGUAUGGAAGAGAAGCCUUAUUCCCGCUUGGACAGCAGCCUCCUUUACAGCAAGUUCAUCACCUCCGAAAAGUCCCAGUACAAAGCCCUAGAGAACGAGAAGGAUGGGGGCAACUCACCUAUGCAGCCGAUGUCAGUUGUUCUAAAGGUCAGCCGGGAAUGCCAAACAUCUCCAAAUGGACCACAAGUUGGCACAAAUGAACACCUGAGCUCUGAGUCACCACUGGCAGGGUUCCAAGUUCAGUCUUCCUCCAGGACUCCAGUGGCAAAGAUUACUUCCAGCCAGAUUCCAAUUCUUUCCAAGGAGGUACACUUUCUUCCCCAGUCGUCAUCCUGCCUGGAAACUCAGCGAAAAGACAACAGAGUUCUGAAGAUUAACACACGACCUGGGAAGAUCAUCCUGUAUUCUGAGGCAGAUUUUGGAGGACAGAAAAGAGAAGUUUGGGGUGAUGUUGUGGAUGCUACAUCCUGGGACCUUUCCCACACCAUAUCCGUCCGAGUUAUCCGAGGAGGCUGGGUGAUGUAUGAGAAACCUCGGUUCCACGGGCGCAAGUGUGUGCUCGCAGAAGGCGAUGUGGAGAUCACCAACCCUUGGAAAAUGUACCAGGAAGAAGGAGAAGUGGCUGAAAAUAUGCCGUUCCAUAUUGGCUCCCUCAAAAGGGUUGUACGGGACUAUAGGAUUCCUGAGAUCAGCUUGUUUAUGGAAGAGAACGGAGAAGGCCCCAAACAGAGGUUCACUGAUUCUACAGAGGACCUGCGGCAUCACGGCCAGCCCUUGAAGGCAGCUUCUAUCAUUGUGCACUCUGGCCUGUGGCUUGUUUAUUCAAAACCAUUCUUUGACGAUGACCCGUAUGUCUUAGAGCCGGGUGGAUAUCCCAGUCUGCAAGCCUGGGGGGCAAAGGACCCCGCUGUCUGCUCAAUGCAUCCAAUUAAGCUAGGUUGUCCCAUCGUAGAGAAACCUGGCGAGCCCAAGGCUGUGAUUUAUGAGAAGCCCCAUUUCCAGGGCCAUUGCUGGGAAGUGUGUCGUGAUAUUUAUGAUUUAAAGAAGCUAGAAAACGAUGAGGAUUUCCAGAUAUCCACUAUGGGGUCUCUGAAAAUUGUGGGGGGCUGUUGGGUUGGUUAUGAGAAGGAAGGUUUCCGUGGCCAUCAGUACUUGCUGGAGGAGGGAGAGUACCUUGACUGGUCCCAGUGGGGAGGCUACAGUAAACAGCUGGUGUCCCUUCGGCUGAUCCGGACGGAUUUCCUGGACCCAGCGCUUAUUCUGUUUGAGACCAUGGACUUUGAAGAUGGCCCCAGUGUCGAGCUUUGUGAAGCGCUGCCAGAUGUGGAGCUGGCAGGUUAUGGGACCACAACACAGUCUAUCCAUGUGCUGAGUGGUGUAUGGGUGGCCUAUGAAGACAAGAAUUUCUCAGGGGAGCAGUACAUCCUAGAAAAAGGGGUGUACCGCAACUGUGAAGACUGGGGAGCCGGCCGCUGCCUGAUCUCCUCUGUACAACCCAUCCUUCAGAUCGGAGAACACAGUCUACACUUUAUUUCAGUGAUCCAGCUUUUCUCCGGGCCAGACUUCUCAGGGGCCCACCUGUCUUUCAAGGAAGACCAGUCUUCUCUGCCAGACCUCUUCAUUCCUCGCUCCUGCAGAGUCCGUGGAGGCAGUUGGAUUCUCUAUGACAGCCACCAUUUUGAGGGUGAGCAGCAUGUGAUCUCUGAAGGCGAGUAUCCCACGCUUACCUCCAUGGGUUGCCUCUCUGCCACAGCCAUCUGCUCCUUGAAGAAGGUCCCCCUUUUUUUCUCUGAGCCCUCCAUCUUCCUGCAUGGGCUGGAAUGUUUUGAAGGGAAGGAGAUUGAGCUGAACAGUGAAGUGCGCAGCCUGCAGGCCGAGGGAUUCAACAACCAUGUGCUUUCUGUGCGGGUAAAGGGAGGCAUAUGGGUGUUGUGUGAACACAGUGAUUUCCGAGGCCGCCAGUGGAUGCUGGACAGCGUGGAGAUCACCAACUGGCUGAAGUAUAGCGGGCUUCAGCACAUUGGCUCCCUUUACCCCAUCAGGCAGAGGCGUGUCUACUUCCGAGUGAAAAAUGGAGAGCUGAAGUCCUUCCUAACUGUCCCAGAUGAUGUGGAAGACAUGAAAGCAGGACGUGUUCUGGUCUCGGAGCUCAAUGACCAGAGCAGCUCCCUCUGGUACUAUGAGGAUGGACUUCUGAAGAACCAGAUUGCUCCUGGGAUGAGCCUACAAGUGAUUGGUCCAGCCAAGGUAGGGGCCAAGGUGGUAUUAUGGGCCGAGACCCGAACGCCCCGGCAGACCUGGCGAAUUGAUUCUUUUGGGAGGAUUUGCAGCCACAUGUUUGAGAACAUGAUUGUAGAUGUGAAAGGGGGCCAAGCCUAUGACCGGGAUCAUGCCGUCAUCUGGGAUUCAUCUGACGAAAGACCCACACAGAUCUGGGACAUUCAGGUGCUCUGAGAAUGGCUGAGGCAGGAGUGCACAUGUCACACACAGAACUGGAUUUUGCCAGGUGUGACACAGGCACCUGUCCUUUCAUGACCGAGUUUUAUGGCCAAAAAGGAUGUGAGUGUGGUUUGUAGCACUGGAUCAGCAGUGGAUCCCCACAGAUCACAACCCAGAAAGGCAUAACUUGAACCCAGAAGUGACCUUUCUCUUGAAUCUCUUCGUUCUUCCUGGGAUGGGCCUGUGUUGGGGAAAGGAGGCAGAAACAAACAGGUUUUUUUCCCCAAUCUAAGCCAAACAAGAUGGAGAGCAUUUGUGAGUUCCAAGAUGUGUAUCACUCAUGAAAGGGGCAGGUGGCAUCUGUGUGAGCCAUAGGGAAGGAGCCACUGAAUGCGUAUAGGUGGUCCCAACCCGAAUAGUUUAGCUUUCUAAGACAAAAUCUGAAAUGGACACUCAUCCUCGCACAAAUAAGCUUGCACCUGUCUCUCUUCUUUUUUCCCUGAACUCUAUUUAUGUACUUGUGUAUAAUAGUUUGCCUUUUAUAAAGCUAUCUGCCUCA